UGAAACCCUUUUCUAAAACCCUACUAGUAACUAAAUCACUUUAGUUAGUAGUCAUUCUUUUUCACUCAAUUCCAUCUAUAUCAGUCACACUCCUACUUAUUUCCUCAAAAAACUACACAUUUUUUUUAUGGUGUAUUAAAAAACUACACAAUUAUGGCACCUUCCUAUUUAAUUCAAACUUAAACUUCUUUUCAUUUUUAUUUUUUGCAUUUAUAGUUUCUCUCACUAGAUCUUUCAUGGAGGCAAAUCGAGCAAUGAAACCCAGAAGAAUUGAAGAAAGCAGUAAAAAAAGCCCUACAAUCUUCUAUAAAUUGAUGGUUUCACCUUGUCAACAAUCUAAGAAACUGAGAAUUCCGAAGAAAUUCACAAAGGCACACCGCAAUGAACUCUGUAGUCAAUCCAUCUUAACCGUUUCCAAUGGUGAAACUUGGAAAGUGAAGUUUAUCAAAGAGGACAAUGAGCUAUCUUUUAGUAAUGGUUGGAAGGAUUUUGUGGAGUAUUUCUCCAUAAGUUUUGGUUACUUUCUUUUGUUCGAAUAUAAAGGCAAUUCCAACUUCAAAGUUAAUAUAUUUGACUUAACUGGUUUUGAGAUAUCAUACCCGUGUAAGAAACCCGAAAUGCUGAUUACGCCUUCAAGUAGCUCGAAAACGGGUUAUGGUGAAGUGAUGCAACUAAGUAGUGAAGACGAGGAUUGUGUUGGUGAUGGUGAUGGUGAUGGUGAUGGUGAAGAAGAGAUGGAUAAUGCUAGAGAAUGCAAUAUACUUGGGUAUCCUCAAUGGUUAAAGAAGUGCAAGGGCCUAAUCAACAGUUUAACUGCUGCUGGAAUUUCAUUGCCCAAAAAACCUUUCUUUGUUGCGUCUGUGAAGCUAUAUAAUCUGGAAGGUUACUUGAGAAUUCCGGAGAAGUUUGUAAGGAAAUUUCGCAAAGAACUCUCCACAACCUCUAUCCUCAAAGUUCCGAGUGGUGAAGCUCAAAAGGUUGCAAUAGUCAAAGAGGGUAACAAGCUGUGGUUUCAAAAUGGUUGGCAAGAAUUUGUGGAGUAUUUCUCCAUAAACUAUGGAUUCUUAAUUCUGUUCAAAUAUGAAGGGAAUUCAAAUUUCAGUGUUCAUAUCUUCGAUCCAACUGCCUGCGAGAUAUCUUAUCAGAGACAUGAACCUUUUCCUCAAGAACUUGAUGAUGAUGAUGAUGAUGAUGAUUUUGAUGAUGAUUUUGAUGAUGGUGAUGAUGAUGAUGAUAAGAACAGUACUGAAAUCUUGCCUUCAUCAGCAGUAAAUCUGAGAAAUUCUGAUGCAGAAGUAAUACAACUGGAUAGUGAUGAUGAGGAGACAAAUGAUGUGAAAGAAGGCAAUCUAUUUGGGUGUCAAAAUGCUUACCAGACGGGGAAGUAUAAUGGGAUAACGAACGUUGUGAGUACUGCUGCUGGAAUUUCCUCGCCUGAAAGACCUUCCUUUGUUACUGAUGUUAGGUCAUAUUUUGUGCACGGAUUCAAAAAUGACAGUAAGAAACCCGAAAUCUUGCAUACACCUUCAAUUAGCUCGAAAACAGGUUAUGUAGAAGUCAUACAACCAAGUAGUGAAGAUGAGGAAUGUGUUGGUGAUGAAGAAGAGAUGGAUAAUACAAGAGAAUGCACUCGACUUGGGUAUCCUCUAUGGUUGAAGAAGUACGAGGGGUUAAUCAAUGUUGUUACUUCUGCUGGAAUAACUUUGCCGAAAAAUCCAUUUUUUGUUGCUGCUAUGAAGGUGUAUAAUUUGAAAGGUGGAGCGUACUUGAACAUUCCCAUGGGCUUUGGUCGAGUGCACAUCGAAUGUGAGGCAAUGCAAAGGAAACAGAUCAUGCUCGAGGCAUCUGAUGGAACGCAAUGGGAAGUUGAUUGUGUUAGAAAUGGCAGAAAGUGCAUGUUUAGUCGAAGGUGGAUCAUCUUUGCGCGCCAAAUCGGUUUGGAAGUAGGCGAUUUCUGUGUUUUCGAGCUAAAGGGUGCAAAGAAGAAGUAUGUGGUGAUUAAAGUUCAUGUGGUUAAGAAGUUAGAUAUCAAGUCUUCUACUUAAUUCCUUUUAAUCUUAUUUUUGCUCUACUAAUCUUUUGUUUUACUGUAUGCCAUUGUCUACUAAUCUUUGACAGUUCAAUCUUUUGCCUUUUGUGCCUAUGUAGUAUGUAGUAUGUAUUGAGAUUUGAGGAUAAUAUCAAUAAUCAGAAUAACUUAAUUUAGUAUAUA